AUGCCGGUUGCUAGUGGCGCAUCCAGAACGCGUCAGAAAAUUCCUGAAAGUUAUAGCCGCUUACAUCAGCACAUUCUGCGCGUUGGAGCCCUACGAAGUCCAUUCAAGGAUCCUGAAAGAAGACAUCCUCCACACCGCAGGUCAUUUUUAUCUGGUGUUUUUGUGAGUCCAUUGACGAAGGCCGCCUUCCCCUGCUUUCAGGGGCGCGAUUGUCACGCCAAUCUACAAACUGGUGGUCGACUAUCGCCUGGCAGCUACAGGCCUACAAGUCUCACUAGAGUGCCGUGCAAGACGAUGGAACCAAUUCUGAAGAGAGCUGUCCUAGACCAUCUUACUUCCAGCAGCCUGAUAUCUCCAGAUCAACACGGAUUUCUCUCAAACCGUUCUUGCGUGACAAACAUGCUUGUGUUUAUGGACAGCUUAACUCAAGCCAAGGACAAAGGGCUCAUAUUGGACGCCAUAUUUUGGACUUCUCAAAUUCCUUACUAUCCUACCAAGUUAGAGCGCGGAUUUACUGACCGGAAGGUCCGUGGUUCGAACCCGACCUCUGCCUCUCGACUUCCCCUGUCUAGGCCUGGGCAACCUGGCAGUAACCUAGCCGCUGUACUUUCUUGUAGUGGCGUGGCAGUUAGGCACCGAAAGGAUGCUACAGCUGAACGGUCCUCCAGAACUGCCAUCUGUGCAUGUGGUGUUGGGUUGGGGCUUUCCGGGGAGUUGGAAUGCUGCGUCUCUUCCGAGGGAACGACAUUCAUUGGGUCGUGUUCGGCACUGAUCAAAGACGUUCGACAAAGCGCUUGGACUCAGCAUAUCGUUGCACCCACCAGAUAUCGCCCAGGUCAGUUACCUUACUUGUAUUCGAUCAUCACCAACGAAAGACACCUCGAUCAGCGACCACUGCUGACUUUUGAUUUCAUCUGCUACUGGGCCAGAGAUCCCGAACCUCGAACGCACAAUUGGAUCAGCCUCAGUGGAAGACCUAAAUGGGACCAUUGUCCAGAAUGUUCCCGAGGCUGGCACGAUGUCAGUCUCAAAAAAUCAGAACGCUGUCGGAUGAUCCACAAGCUACCUAAAAGGAUUCGGCACCUUCUGGAAAAGUGGUUUCGACUUUUCCUCAAAAAAAGUUGA